CUGUAACACUGUAUUUUCCCCAGGAGCACUGGGUGUUUUGCGUAACUGUUCCAGGGACAGCAAAGGCCUCAUGUGUUGUUUUACGCAAAUUUGCUCCUGCAGGUUGGCCUUUCAUUGGUUGAAACCACAGUCAGAUUCCCCUGCGAAAUUAUCUGAUUGAAAAUCAGGGAGGGGAGAAACAGAGAGAGCAACAAGUGUGAUGCUUUUACACUGCUUUGCUUUUCUGACUUUAGGAAAGGAUUUCGCAACGCACUUUUCCUCCGCUGAGCCGCUUCACACCCAUAAAAAACCCCAAGGACAAUAAUUAAUUUUAUUUCCAGUCUACUGCACGUUUCAUUUCCACGGAAGCUGCUCAGUUAACGAAUCAAUAUGCCCCGUUCAUUUCUGGUGAAAAACAAAAGGUCCUAUAAUCCUCACCGAUCAUAUGAAGACGAGCCGAAGGCCCCCGCAUGUACAGAAGACCCACCAGAGGUUCAGAGCACAGACUCUGAGGACAGGCCUCAGUCGGAGGGCCAGCUGUCCCCUGUGGACCACUCCUCGUGUGCAGAGAGGGAGAAAGGCCUUGAAUGCCCCUUACCUGCUCACCCAGAGCCAACCCGACCCCCUGUGGCUCCCACACAGCCAUACUACCUAAAUGAGCCUCACAUGGCAGGAUUCCCUCCCUACUACAAGCCGUCGUACGCCUGGGAGCCCGUGCCGUCCUCCUACGAGAUCCGUCAGAUGAGUUUCAGCCCCACGGUGCUGCAGCACGCCAGCAAUCUGUACGGCACCCACAUGAGCCGCAGCCCCCAGGCUCAGCAGCCUCUGGACUGCAGCACGCACUACUCCCCCACCUCCAACACAUACCACUGUAUCACCUGUGAAAAGGUGUUCUCAACGCCCCACGGACUGGAGGUUCACGUCAGGAGGUCCCACAGUGGAACGAGGCCUUUUGGCUGCAGCAUCUGCAGAAAAACCUUUGGUCAUGCUGUCAGUUUGGAGCAACACAUGAAUGUCCACUCUCAGGAAAAAAGCUUCGAGUGCAAGAUGUGUGGCAAAACCUUCAAACGCUCCUCCACCCUCUCCACACACCUGCUCAUCCACUCAGACACGAGGCCGUACCCCUGCCAGUUCUGCGGCAAGAGGUUCCACCAGAAGUCCGACAUGAAGAAACACACAUACAUUCACACCGGUGAAAAGCCCCACAAAUGCCAAGUGUGUGGUAAAGCGUUCAGCCAGAGCUCCAACCUGAUCACCCACAGCAGGAAACACACGGGCUUCAAACCGUUCGGGUGUGACAUUUGCUCCAAGGGCUUUCAGCGUAAGGUGGACCUCCGCAGGCACCACGAGAGCCAGCACAGCAUGAAGUGAAGAGGAAAUAUGUUUAUGUGUAUAAUACGUUUCUGUUCAAACAAUAAGCUGAUGUUGAGUUCUGAUUGAAGGAGAAUUAACUUCAGAAAAACGUUGUGUAUAAUGAAGAAAAUCUAUCAGUUAAUAUAUUGCAAGUGAUGUUUCGAAGACGUUUCUACGUGUGGAUGAAUGGGAGAUAUGCUGAUGUCAUUUAGAUUAAAAAAUGUUUGGUUUUAUAUAAUUUAUUUAAAGUAUGCUUGAGCAGGAUGUUAUAUUGGC